CAAAAACUAAAACUAAAGACAGUUUAAAUAAUUUAGAGUUACAAUAUUUAGAAGAUAAAUAUAAUCAAACUUACAGUCAAGAUGUUGCCUCCUGGUGGAUUAAUGGAGAUUGUUUUCUCAUUUGAUACAACUGGUUCUAUGUCAAGUUGUUUAAAUCAGGUCAGAGGUCAAAUACAAGACAUGGUUCAACGUCUUCAAUCAGAUAUACCGUCUAUAAGAAUGGCUGUAUUUGCUCAUGGUGAUUAUUGUGAUAAAUCUACAUAUGUAACUAAAUAUAUAGAUUUUACAACGGAUGUUAACAAAUUAUGUGAUUUUGUUAAAACAACGGGAUCAACAGGAGGGGGUGAUACUGAUGAAUGUUAUGAACUUGUUUUAAGACAAGUAAGAGAAGAUUUAUCGUGGACUCCUGGUUCAAGAAGAUCAUUGGUAAUUAUUGGUGAUGCUCCACCACAUGAACCUAGCUAUCCACAAAAUACUCUUAAUAUAGACUGGAGAGACGAGGCUGAUAUCUUAGGAACUAUGGGAGUUAAGAUUUACGCAACACAAUGUCAAAAUAGCUCUUCAGCUGAAAAGUUCUAUAAAACUAUAGCGCAAAAAACUGGUGGUCAUCAUCUGAAAUUACAGGAAUUUUCUAAUAUUUUUGAUUUUCUGAUGGCCGUAGCAUACAGAGAACAUGGCGAUGAACUUUUUCAAGUUUAUGAAAAAGAAGUAAGAAGUCGGUGUGGGGCAGGUUUAAAUAAAGAUUUAAACGGACUAUUUACAACGUUAAGAGAUGGCUGUAGUGAUUCCACGACUGGUGAUACAGCAGUGACAUCUACUUCCCUUCCAGCUAAAAAGAGAAAAGUUUUACCAGGAAAAACUCCUUCCGCUAAGAAGAUUAAAUUCAGCGGUAUAACAAAAAUAACAUCAAAGCCAUAUACUAAAGCUACGUUAUGUAAAGCCAGUCGAGCAAUUAAAAAGGCAAAGAGAACAGUUAAGAAAGUCAAAGCAGCUUAUCCACGUAUAAGAAGAGAAAUGAUUGCCGAAAAUCAUUUUUAUUUGAACGACAAGAAAUGGUCACCAUGGCAACAAGUAAUAUCCCAUGAUGCUGGUUUAAAUAAAAAUGGCGAUUGGAAACAACAAGGUUCUUAUUAUAAAAAGAAAACAAUAUUUCAAUUUGAUGCAGAGACACCUUCUAUGUAUGAAGUCUCUGUUCAAGCUAAAAGAAGAAGCAAACGUUACGUAGUCUAUAACAAAAUGGCGCACAGAGUUUCCGGUAAAUGGGAAAGACGUCUUUUUGCACAAUCUGACAUCAAAAAACAAGUUAAUAAAAUAGCUGAUCGAGGUUACAAUUUAUAUGUGAGAAGACUUCCAUUAACCUCUGCAGCUUUAAAAAGAGACACUAUAACGGCUUUACGUAGAUACGAUUAUUCAUGGAGAAAAAUAAGAAAUGUACGAAACAACCAUCGUCAAGUAAAUAUCUCUUCAAUAACCAUAUCUGAUGAUGUUUUAUAAACUAUUAUUUGAAAACUUUUGUUUGUGCAUCAACAUUUUUGAGGUCAAUUAGCUGUUUGUACGGAUUAAACAGACACCGUAUUUCUUGUGCAUUUUACGUACUUAAUAAGACUUAAAGUUGCAAUGUUCCAAUGCAAUCCUGUAAACAAUAUUUAACAAUGUGAAAAGUGAGUUUUGAAUAUUAGAACAAAACGUGUGAAUUGUAAAUAAAAUCAUCAGUAGUUUCGUAAACUGACAGUACAUUGUAAUCAGUUUGUGCUUUAAACAUAUUCUGACAUUUUGUCAACAUCAUAUAACACAUCAUACUAUUCAUUCAUAUCGUAUAUCAUUCAUAUACUCACCUUGGUCUGUUAUACAUGUAUUUUCAAUUAUUGUACAUUAUUCAUAAAAUCAAGUUGUGUUAUACAUGUUCACGGUUGGCGGCAACACUAGGGCUGUUCCGAGACUGAAAUUCGGUGUAUAUUAUGGGUAGCUCGGACAUGGAAGUAACAUGGGCUAUGUGGCGUUGGAGUUAUAGGCGCAACCUGUGCAGCGCCAGGUCAUGCUCUAGUUAUUUAUAAAAUCAAGUUGUUUUGUUAUAUUUUGAAUAAAGUGUUAUCUAGAAUCUCA